CCGCAUACGUCUGAACGGAGCGCGCCAGUCACCAGUUAGUCCAGUGUCCGUCGUCAAACUAUUCAGUAAGCGCACCGCCGCACGACCGUGUUCACUCGUGUUGUGUGUAGUCGUCGCUCGUACGUGUUUUUGUUUGUUUUUAUUUUUGUCGUCGAACGAGAGUGUACUCGUCCGGUCGUCACAUUAAUUUUGUCUCCAACACCUGCGCCGUUUGUUUCAAUUAUUGCGACUGUUUUUUUUUUUUUUUGAUUUAUUGAAAUUUUUGAUUUUGUUUUGGUGAUCUAAUAAAAAAAUUGUUAAUUAUUUUUUAAAAAAAUAAAUAAAAUCUGGUAAUUACUAAAUUCAUAAAGUAUUUUGCAUUAUUAUAAUUAAAUCGAGUUUCGUGCGCCAGAUGCUUGCAGUGACCGUCGCCAGUGAUUUUCGACGUCAGUGUCUCCAGGAGGAAUAUCGUUGUUAACCGCGCGCGCGUGUGUCGUCGCCGUACGGUGAUCUUCGGCGCGUGUGUUCGCCGCCGCCGCGGAAUCUCGUCGCGCGAAGCCGUCGUCGUCUCACCCGAUGGCCCUAAACGCCACUACGUGUUACAACAAGGCGGUGAUCGCGGGCUACGGGUCCUCGUACCCCAGCCCGCUGGCCGCGGCCGCCGGUGUGCCAUCCUCCCUGAUGGUAGCCACGGCCGCCGGAUCCGCGGGCGGAUCGCCGUCAUCCCGAUCCGGAUCGUCCGGGUCCAGCAGCGGGCCGUCCGGGUACCGCGUCAAGGACUUCAACGUGCCACUGCACGUCGACUGUAGCGUCGAGUACGAAAUGCCCAGCUCGGCCAAACCGCCGGUGGGCGGCAAGGUCGAGCCGCUGCUCAUGAUCCACCCGUCGUAUUACCGGAAGGCCGAGAGUCGUACCCGCAGCCUGUUCGUCAACAACAUGCCCGCCGCCGCAUCCGCGUCGUCCGGCCGAAGCAGACCCUCGGCAGCCGCAGCCGCAGCCGCAGCCGCCGCGGCCGCUGUCGGUGGCGUCUGCGGUAGACCUACCAUCGCGAACGCCGCUGACGGACCGCCGCCCGCGAAAAAACCGUACGCCGGACCGGCGCCCGGAGUGACCGCGUCCACCGCGGCCGGCGUUUACGGCAUGGUCACCGGUGCCGUGGCCGCCGCCGCUGGCGCGUCCCAGUGGCCCCCGUUGGGCUCCAGCGCCGAGCACCAACACCACGAAGGCAAACGCACCCUGGACAUGGUCCAGCGGCAGUACCAGCAGCACCUGCAGGCCAGUCUGCCGCCGCCGAUGAUGACGGCCGCCUUGCCUACCGACAAAACACACAUGACAGUGCCGAAAGGGUGUUCUUGCUGCCAGGCGAAAUUAUUAAAGCGCAAAGCCCAACAACCGCCGUCGGUGCCACAACAACAACAACAACAACCACAGCAACACCAUAUCCACCUUCACCAACAACAACUACAACAACAACACCUGCCGCAACCACCUCAUUUACAACAACAACAACACCUCCAUCACCACCAGCAGCAGCAGCAACAACAACAGCAGCAACACCAUCAACACCUUCAUCAUCAGCAACAGCAGCAGCAGCAGCAACACCACCAUCACCAACAACAGCAACAGCAGCAGCAGCAGCAACACAUCCAUCACCAUCAUCACCAUCAACAGCAGCAGCAACAACAACAGCAGCAACAACAACAGCAGCAACAGCAACAACAACAACAACAACAACAACAACAACAACAACAAGAGUACCACAAGUCGAGGCAAAACGAACCUCAAACACCUCAGCUGUGGGGUUUCAACGGUACCAUAGCCGCGGUGUUGCGCAACGAGUACGGUGGCAAGCCGACGAAAACGUUGGGACGCAUCACCGACCCGAUCAACAACAUCCUGACGCCCACGUACAUGUUCUGAGCGUCGAAGUUACGAUGAUAUUUUUAUUGUAUUUUGUGAUAGUUAGACUGUUAAAAAAACCACGUUCGGAUCGAAUAGAUCCGAGAAGAAUAUACGAGAAGAAUAAUAAACAUAAUAAUGUUAGGUACUUAUAUUGGACUUGUGAGGUGAAAAUAAUAAUAAUAAUAAUAUACUAUACACCUGAGUAUAAUAUGUGUUAUCAUUAUAAUUUUGCACCUAAUACAUAAUAAUAAUAAUAUGUGUCAUGUGCGCGCGCGUUUAGCGCCGUGUCGUGUAUAGACAAAAUAAUAAUAUUAUACAUAGUUGUAGACCGCAAACACGGUAAUAUAAUAUAAUAUAUAAUAUAACGACGAUAAUAAUAAUAAUAAUAAUAAUAAUAUCAUUAACCAAAAAACAAAAAAAAAAAAAACAAAAAAUAUAUAUAUUGUAUUAGUCGUUCAAGUUUUCACAAUGGUGUGUAAUAUUGUGUUGUGAUCGUAUUAUAUUAUUAUUAUUGUCAUUAUAUCGUUCAUGUACGAUUGUAAUAGCAAUAAUAAUAAUAAUAAUAAUCAUAAUAAAUAUAAACACACACGCAAACAUAUUUUAUAUUGUAUAAUUAUAUUUUAUAAUAUGAAUAUUAUUUAUGUAUGAGCGUGCAGUGAAAACGGCGUCCGGCUCACCACCCUGGUGUGGGGGUGGGUGUGUCCACCGCGCAGUAAUAAGUUGUCAAACGUGAGAUUUUGUUUUGUUUUUAGCGGACACCCCCUCCCCACGGCCACCGGACGUCCGGAACGUAGGUACACGUUUAAUAUAAUAUUAUUGUGUAUGUUUAUUUUUUUAUUUUAUUUUUUCGAAAUACGGCGCACGGUCCCGGCGGUAUAGGGAACGUGCGUCGUCGUCGUGUACAUAUAUUAUAUUAUAAUAUUACAUUAUAUUACUAUGAUGAUUCCAAUUUUUUUUUCUUCUUCUAUAUAGUUCGUGCGUGUCGCUUUUUGUUGUGUUGGCUGUGAAAUAUUGUGAUAAUAAAAAUUUUAAAAAAUAAAUAAAAAGAAGAAAACGCACGAAAGAUUAACUACUCGCCGUUUUUCGAUAAAUCGAGAAAAAUACCAACCACCGUUUUCUCCAAGGGUAUAUUUAAUAAUAUAUUGUAUUAUAAUAAAUUUCUUGCGUAAAGACUGAAAGAAUAUAAUAUCUUCAAAAAAAAUUAUAUGAAUAAAAGACUGUAGCCCUUUUACAGUAUAUAUAAUACAAUAAUAAUAAUAAUAAUAAUAAUAUAUUAUAACAAAACAGUCAGGGGGUAUGAAAAUACUGUAUAAGUUCCUUAUAUGUAUAAAAAUGAAAAUUAUACCUACCCUUUUUUGUUUUCAUUGGAAUCAAUUUCAAACUGUGAACGUGUUAUGACCGACAAUUAUUUUCGUCUGAUACCAAACGUAGACGUUAUUGUUCAAAAGAAAAUAGACAAAAAAAAAAAUGACAAAAAAAUAAAUUAUUUACAUUUUUUUUCGAUUCAUCGUCGUCAUCUUCAUCAUCAUCGUCAUAAAUCAUAAAAAUAUAUGAUAUAUAUAUACAUAAAAGUGUACAUUCCUAUAUAAUUUUAUCAUUAUACAUAUUUACGACUUAUUAGGUGUGCCUGUUUAAUUUGUGUAAUUUUUAUCUAGUCUGGUUGGAUAAUGGGCCAAAGAGCUAAACAUACAUAUUAUAUAAAUAAUAAUAUAUUAUAUUUUUUUUCUUACGAUAGCGCAAAAUAUUUACAACGGGUUCACGGGGAGGGGGGAGGGCUUCGUUCGGAAUAAUCACUCACAGGCCUAAUAAUAACGAUAAUAGGUCGAGGAAAAUAUGAAAAUAAAUAAAUACACACCGAGUACACAUUAGAUAAUAAAUUGUAUUUUCUUUACAAACAAUAAAAUAAAAAUGGUCGGCCUGUGAUACACCUUAAUAAUUCUUUGACAUAUUUUUCCAUUUUUUCGUUAUCGUUUAAACUUUUUUUUUGUUUUGAAUAACAUUUUAAAACGAAUGAAAUAUAUAACUAUAUUGUAUUUGUAAUAUUUAUUUUUAGAUACCACACGUAAUGUUAGCAUUCUAUUUGUAAAUUAGACGUUAGACAUAUAUAUAUUAUUAUUUUUUUUUUAGCCUGUACAAAAGUUUUUUUUUUUUGUAAUUAUCCUAAUUUCAGGACGUGGUUUAUUUGUUAAAAGAAAAAUACCUAACAUGAGAAAAAACAAUUUAAUAAAUACACGAGAUUAUAUAAAGGAAA